AUGGUCGAUGUGCGCACGCCGACGGCGCUGGCAAAGACGUGGGCGUACCUACUGCUCGGUCGCGCCGUGCUCUGCAUGCCUCUCGGGUACUUCUGGGGCAGUACACUCUGGGAUGUGGCCGAGUCGGCGAUCGAGCUGGCGGUCAUGGCUCUGCGAUGGCGAUGGGAAGACUUUGAGUUUUUCUUUGGGUGGGGCAAAAGCGUGAGCUGCGUCGAUCAUCCGUUUGGCUGCGUCGGUGUCUACGUCCUCGAAUGUCUGCUUGUCGUUGUCCUCCGGGCGCCGCUCGUCAAG